UUUUGUUACAUCUUUAUUACUUAAAAUUUAGUUUCCUUCAAAAUGCCUCCAAAAUACCAAAAAUAUGUGGAUAAGUUUAAAUGCCCCAAAAUGCUACAGUACAAUAUAAUCAGUAUCCAAGGUCUAGGAGAUAACUGGGAUAAGCCCCAGAGGUACAGGAAGAAUCCAAAAUCUCUAGUAGAGCUUGCAGCAGAUGUCCUGGACAGACAACCUCUGCCUGACUGCAUGUACUGGGGAAUCGAGGAGGUCAUCAACUGGUUACAGAACACAGUCAAGUUACCUCAGUACAAGGCGUGUUUCAAGAGAAACUUUGUGACUGGACGCUUACUGAUUCUUCUGGGACCAAACCACUUGGUAAAGAUGAAAAUUCAAAAGUUGGAACACUUGAAUAAAAUACAAGAUGAGAUACGAAAGCUGUACCGAGUGCCUCGCCCCACGUAUGCGAGGGAUCUGACCUUGCCAUCAUUGAAUGGUACACAAUACGACUGGAACAGCCUGUAUUACCGAUACAUCGCGCGACAGUCACCUCACCGCGCUAUAUUACGCUCCGAGUAUUGGCGCAUGACCAAGAUGAUGAAUGCUAAGGAGGAACCUGCGUGUCACUGGCUUACGAUCGCCACUGGACAGGAUAUCCACGAUAAGGUGUUGAUAGCAAGAGUGCAAUCAAAUCCUUACAGACAACGCUAUUACAUGCCUAUGUUCCGAGAGAACCACUACACACCCACAACCAUCCUAGUGUACUAUCUCGACGGGGAUCCUCUCACAUGGUGAAACUUUAGAACUAUGCUCACUACACAUAGUCAAAUAAAUAUCAAAAAUUCAAAUUUUUUAAAUAAAUAAAACAUGA